AUGUUCGCCGUCAAACCUCCAUCCGAGCCGUGCCCCGAAUGCAACGGCUCCGGCUAUCUGCAGCACGGAGAACUGCCCUGUCUCCGCUGUCCUGGCCCGUCGCUUUCCCACCACCUGCCCACGCCUGUCUCGCGCCGGUUCAGCACCUUCGAGCCUUCGCUGGUCUCGUUCCAGGCCAACUUUGUCCACUCCAUAGACUCGCUACUGACGCUGCGGGACCGCCCCAGCUCCAACCCAGAUUCCGAUUCAGACUCGGACUCGGACUCGGAUGACUGGACACUUGCCCCGCCAGACGAUCUCAACCCAUCUCUGUUCCAUGUCGCCGACCCUCCUCCGCCAAAGUCACUUGGCCGGCGGUCCUCCAAGGCCAUUGCGUCGUCCUCCCGUCGCCGCAAGCAUGCUGACCGCUCCGUGCGGCUGCCACUCGAUUCUCACCAGACUGCCCACUACUCGCCCAAGAAGCAUCUCUCGGAGCCCAUUCUGUCCCUUGCUUCGGCUUGGAGAGACGCUGGCUCGCUGCUGGGAUCCCUAAGCUCCUCCCGCGCCAGCAACAGUCUUGGCGUCGAGGCCGUCGCCGGGACUUUCGAAAAGCCCAGCUAA